AUUCCGGCCUUUGUUGUUUUUUUAAGCUGGAAUUGGGGGUUUCCUGCCAAGAUAUGCUAGGAAAAAGAGUAUGCAGUGGAUGGCGUCCCUUCCUUUUAUGUUUACCUCUCUUUUUCAUUUUCGCUCAUAUGCUUUCAGUUUUAGAACUACGGCAACAUUCGGCUGUAGAAGUUCCACAAAGGAAACAGCAAUAUAAGAAGUUUGAUCAUCUCGUUUUUGGACCUGUUGCGGGUGCAAGCUUGCCCGAUCGGGUACAGUGCGAAGGCAACAAAGCUCUCACCAAGACACAUUUUGGAGCAUCUUCUAAAAAUAUGAAGGCAGGAGACAAUAUUUCCAUCGUCACUGUAUUUGCCACAUAUAAUACUGCUGAUGAUCAGCAGACAAAUGGCAAAUCAAUAGACAUGGUUACGGUUGGGAACAUUUCCUACAACAAGGUGGAGAGGUCAAUCGCCAUUUUGAAUGUCUUUGUUAAUUUCAUUCAGGAGAUCAUGCCUCAAAGCAACAUCAUCAUCCUUACUAAUCCUUCAUCUAAACUUCCAGUGGAAAGAGAUAGACUGACCAUUCUACCCAUUCAAGGUGAUUAUUCACGAGAAAUGUUGAUGCUACAAAGAAUCAGGUCUUACAUUGUAUUUCUGGAAACUAGAGCUGCCGAGCAUUCAAAGGGACAAGUGAAUCAUUACAUAUUUACCGACUCGGAUAUAGCAGUGGUUGAUGAUUUGGGGCAGAUAUUUAGUGAUAACCCUGAUUUUCAUGUGGCUCUAACAUUCCGUAACAACAAAGAGCAGCCUCUGAAUUCAGGAUUUAUAGCAGUGAGGGGCACUCCUGAGGGAAUUCUAAGAGCAAAGUUUUUCUUGGAAGAAGUACUAAAAGUCUACACGUCAAAGUUCAUGAAAGCUUCCAGAAUGCUCGGGGAUCAAUUAGCUCUUGCCUGGGUUGUAAAAUCUCACUCUUCCUUUGAUGCCAGAAGGUUUACUAAAAUACAAGCAUUUAUGGACCAGAUAAGUGGCGCUUCAGUCCUAUUUUUGCCGUGUUCCAUUUACAACUGGACACCACCAGAGGGCGCCGGUCAAUUUCAUGGGAUGCCCUUGGAUGUUAAGGUUGUGCAUUUUAAGGGAUCAAGAAAGAGACUUAUGCUGGAGUCUUGGAGCUUCUUAAAGUCAACAUCUUCUUCAGAUAUCGCCGACAUGUUAUGCCUAAUCCUAAGAAGUGGCAGGACGAAGUACGAUUUCUAGUUCAAAUUGAAUUUGGUCUUAUCAGUCAGAGGAUCUAUGUUUUUCCCCCGAGUAAGAACGUCCAUAUUCAUAUAGAAGAAUGACCAGGCUGUUUGAGGUUGUUCGUUGUAAGACCAGUCAACAUUCACGGUCCAAAUGGAGCUUGAUGUUAAACAACAGGUCAAUAUUGCCGCUCGGUUGCGACUUUAGAGAUUCAGAUUACUGAUAGUUUCUAGCUAAAAUGGAACAGACACAGCUUGUAGUCGUAUUUUUUGUCUAACUAUAUGUGAGUUCUUGAAUAUUGAUUCCAUGUUUCCUUAUUUGUUUGCUAGAAAUUUCAACAGAAUAUGUAUCGGCAUUUAACUUUUUUGCUGUGUUCUAUAGGAACUUCAACACUGUUUUCUCU